CCAACAACCGUUCAACAUUCCAUCGUUGUACUUUGCACAUACAACAACAGCAGCAGCAGCAGCGCAGACAGAGCCGGAGAGAGCGUGACUGAAGAACAAGAAGGCAGGCAAACGGAAGCGCGUGCCGCAAAAGUUUACGGAAAUAUAACAACAAGAAGCAGAAAAGAGUUCACGACCCACGAACCGAAAAAUUGACAAUAAACUCUGAAAUUGUUUUUACAUAAUUGAAGCAAAUUCCUGAAAAAUAUUUAACAAAAAGUGCAACAAAAGUGAAGUUAACAAAGAAACAAAAAGGCAAAACACCGCAAUGUGGCCCAACUUUGUUGCUGUUAUUUCGCUGCUGUGCAUUGCAUUACUCGCUUGGGCGCAAGCUGGACCCGUGCCAAUUGUGAAUGAGCAACAUCAACUGAUGCCCAAGGUUCCCCAAUGGCAUUGCUUGCGUUACUUUAAACACGAUGUUCUAAUGAUGCGACGUUGCCGACAUUUGCGGGUUCCAACAGCGCCACGUCUUGGAGAUGUGCUUAUACGCAAAAGGAAGAAAUAGAAUUGGCACCAGCAAGAAGAAGAACAACAACUGCACACGACUGAGCUACAAUACGAAUUACAAUUACAAAUCAAUUUUCAACAGGAUUUAUAACAAGACCAAAGCUAAACCAAAAAAAA